AUGAAGGAGGAUUGCGACAUUAUUGAUAUCAGCGACGACAUUGGGUUGGACGAUAUAUCAAUUCGAAAAGCUCUCGAAUCGGGUACUGAUUUACGACAAUAUUCAGCGGAAUUGCAAGAACAGCUUCGAUCAGCUCAUUUACUUGCCGUGAAAGAUUGUAUCGAUCAAGCAGAGAAACUUGCUGAAUUACAUGAAGAAAUCACCGCAUGUGACGAUGCAUUUGCGCAACUGGAAGGGAUGCUUCGAAGUUUUCAAUCAGAACUGGGCACAAUUAGUUCAGACAUGAAAAGACUGCAACAGCAGUCAGUCGAUAUUAGUCAACAAUUGCAAAAUCGACAAAAAAUUCGAGGAGAAUUGAGCCAAUUUGUUGAUGACAUGGUUGUAUCUCAGAAUAUGAUACAAAUAAUCGUUGAGCGAGACGUUGGCGAACGUGAAUUUCUUGAGCAGCUCCACGAACUUCAACAUAAACUGCAAUUCCUCAAAACGCAAGAAUUCCAUGACGCAAAAGCUACUUCUGAUGUGCAUGACGUUAUUGAGAAUUUGAAAUACAAGGCAAUGGCUAAGGUAAGAGAAUGGCUGCUUUUAAAGAUUUCAUCUUUCAAGAAACCACUAACAAAUUAUCAAAUUCCACAAGGAGCACUUCUUAAAAAUCGGUUCUUUUACGAAUUUUUGCUGGCAAAUGACAGACAUUUGGCUCGAGAAGUUCGGGAUGAAUACGUUAAUGUUAUCAGUAAAAUGUUUUUCACUUACUUUAAAACAUACGCGUCCAGAUUGUUCCGCUUAUUGCUGGAUGAUGUAGCCACCAAAGAUGAUCUUUUGGGCGCAGAGAAUACGAUGAAGGCAACUAGUAUUUUCAGUUUAAAAUCUCAAGUGCGGAAUCGAGCAACCGUUUUUUCUCUGGGUAAUCGAGAUAGCUUGUUAUCAUCUGAUUUAAUGUCUCCACUUAUUGUACCGCAUGCAGCGCAACAAUUAAAUGAACGGUUUCAAUUUGAGAAUUUAUUUCGAAGUUUGCAAUUUGCACUAGUGGAUCAUUCCUCACGCGAAUAUUUGUUUAUAUCGGACUUUUUCAUGAUCAGUGGACAAACUUCAUUUGAGGUUUUCAGCGAAAUUAUGAUGCGUACAAUAACUACCUUAUUGAAAUCAUGCGAAGAGCAUAUAUCUUCUAAUUAUGAUGCUAUAUCACUAUAUAUAUGCAUUGGUCUAUGUUCAAAAUACAAAGAAUUAAUGAUUGAAAGGGGAGUUCCAGCUUUGGAGAGUUAUUGGGAGACGUUAAACUGUGCGUUGUGGCAUCGUUUUGAUGUUGUUAUGGGGUUGCAUAAUUCAAGCUUACGUGAUCUUGACGUACAUAAAAUGCAACUGCAACCAGAUACUCAUCCACACUAUAUUAUAAGACGUUAUGCGGAAUUCACUUGUGCAUUAUUGGUCUGCAGUCAGACGUUGAUACACCAGAUUGAUCCAAAAUUGCAGCUUUAUUUGAGUAAGCAGCAAGUCGAGAUCGAAAAUUUUCUAACGCGCAUUGCAGAACAACUAACUCCUCGCUUACAGCGACUAGUUUGUCUCAUCAAUAACUAUGAUUUGAUCCUCAGUGUUCUUGAGGAACGGGUGACAUUUGAUUCGAAAGAAAAAUCAUCAGUCUGGGAAUUGAAACAGAAUCGUAUCAAUGAAUAUGUUGAAUUGGUACUUCGACCCCAUUUUGGUGAUCUAAUGUCAUUUGUCAAUGAAUGUGAACCACUGAUUGAACAGGGACACAAGCAGCUUUUAAUUCGUUAUUCGGACAAUGUAACAAAAAUUGUGCGCAAUUUUUGCGCUAAUUGGAAAAAAUCGAUAGACGCUGUAAACCACGAAAUUGUUCGUUCAUUUGCAAAUUUCAAAAAUGGUACUAACAUUUUGCAGGUAACAUUCACACAAAUAGUUCAAUAUUACCAUCGAUUUAGCAAGGUAUUAUCACAUGAGGUAUUUGCAGAAAAUACUGUCCUAAAGGAGCUAGUCAAUAUUCAUCAUAUUAUGGUAGAAAUAAAGAAGUAUAAACCAGUGUACUAA